AUGACGAAAGUGCAGGAGGGCACAGGCGUGUCCGAUUACAAACUUGUGAUGGACCAAUUGGUUGGUCCAGAGCACCGCCGGUUUGGGCGCAUGCGCUACAGGGACUCGCCCGCAACCGUCUGCCCCACGACCAUUGCGCUAGCGCAGCCCUGUUUGACACAGGCACAGAUGGCGCAGUUGCUCCUGCGCACGACCGCGCUACUCAGUUUGUUUGGGAUCUACAUUCAUCAAACUUCCGGUAUGCUAAUUGUCUAUUGUCGUGACCGGGAAUCUUUUGCAAUAAGGAGGAAUCCAUAUGAACUGCAGGACGUCGUGAACCGCACAGGGCGGUGGGAUUUUUGGCUUUCUGGAAAGGCCAAAUCUGGUGCGCAUUAUGUUGCCGCAGAUGGCGCUGACGACAUCAAGCGCAGGUUGGGUGCGCGCGAGCGCAUUGGUUGGGAGGCCUUGUCUGCGGAAAUCACCCAAUUGGAGAAGCGCUAUUCAAUGGAGGUGCCGAAUGAGGUUGUAUUUGGAGACGCACGACCUCAGCGAGGUGCGCCCAUUCCUUUACUUCCCAUAUAUCUUGGAUGGCCAAAGCGCAUGUCGCUGGAGGCGGGAUGCGACUUGUGCCGCAUUGCGCAUGUUGAUUACUCAGCGCCUGACUACAGGGCGCAGAUGAAUGCGCAUCGACCCGCACUGCGGCUCUAUCAGGUGAUAUACUUUUCAAUGGAGCGCGUACCUUAUCAGGUGGAACUCGUCGCCCCAGAAUGGUGUGCUGCGCCCAUCAACGAGGCACUCGAUGCUUUUCUACGCAGCGAUAGUCGUGCGCUCGCCGAAUUUGUUCGGCGCUGGUGCGCGCACAAACAUUCAGAUGGCAGCGGCCACGAUGGCGCUACGCGCACGGUGCCCCUGCCGCCGUGCGCCACUCCCAGCGCACAUGCCAGCUCGCACUCUAGCCCCUUACAGAUUGGUGACGAGUUUGAUGAGUUUUACCAGGCCAUUGAAGCGCAGGAUGAGGAAAAAAAGACCAAGACUGCUACGCAGCCUAAAAACUCCAAAAGAGAGCGUGCGCCUAAUUCCGCAGCGCAAGCAGCGCGCGCUAAGAAGGCGCACUUGCAGAGCGAUAACCAGCGCAAUGGCGCCGAGGAAGAUACUGCGCUAGAAGCAUUCUAUAGCGUCUUGAUCUAG